ACAAACACUUCGGACGCGAACGCGAACUUGAAACGCUCGCGUCGCGUUCCCUGAGAAGUUUGAGAUUGUUUGACCACUCGACCAAGCCAGUCCUCCUCUCUCUCUCUCUCUCUCUCUCUCUCUCUCUCUUCCCCCAAAUCCCGCGCCCGCCGGUACGAAUCCCGCCGCCGCGCCGCGCCGCCAUGUCCUCCUCCCGCGGGCCGCCAUCUCCUCCGUCCCACCCGAACCCCAUCGAUCCCUUCGCCGCGGCGGCGGCGGCGGCGGCGGAGGCGGAAGGGGAGGCGGCGCCGCCGCCGCGAAACCCUAUCAUCCCCCGCGACCCCCCCUCGCCGGAGAUGGAGGCCACCGCCGAGGCGCUCACCCGGGAGGAGGUUCUGCGCCGGCGGAGGCGCCGCGCCAAGCGCCUCGUCGACGUCUACCGGCGCCUCUACUGGACGCUCGGGGAGGAGCUGCGGGCGCGGCACCGGCAGUACGUCUGGGAGCUCGGCCGGAGCCCGCUCGAGGCCGAGCAGCCGCCGCCGCCGCCGCCGACCUCCGCCGCGCCCGGCCCCGGCGGGGACCUGGUGGUGGUCAGGCCGGUGUCCGCCACGGUGCCGAGGCGGAAGAAGUGCGGCUUCGCCGGCUGCAAGGUGCGGACCAUGGCGAUGGCCAGGUUCUGCCACUCCCACAUCCUCUCCGACCCCAACCAAGUGCUCUACAAGGGCUGCGCCUAUAUCAGCAAGAGUGGCCCACAAGUUCAAAUUACUUGCGGCAGACCCAUCCUUAAAGCUUCAGUUCCCUCCCUCUGCAAUUCUCAUUUUCAAAAAUGUCAGAAGUUAAUUACACAAGGUUAUAAGAAGUUUGGAGUUAACCCAUCACCCACAGGCAAGGUCUCUCCAAAUUUUAGUUUGUUGGUUGCUGAAUGUGUUCGUCAGAUCCAAGCCAAGCGGAGAGAAUCACCAAGUUGAAUGAGCCGUGUCACAACUCACAACUUUGUUGUUGCACAAAUUUUAUGAAAUGGCAGGUAUUAUGAGGCUUACCAAGGCACUGAUAACUUCUUUUGCCAGAAUACUGCACCCACUCUUACUUGAACGAAAUAAAAUGAGGAAAAUUCAUAGAUAUAUGUGAGUUUGAGUUUGAAGUGCAUCUCUGGCAGGAUUAUUUCAUGGGGGAAUUGGAAGACGGUUAACUGCAGAUGUCAAAUGUAUAGUUGAUUGAUUAAGUCAAUGGAGUAUCACCAUGAGGAUGCACGAAUGAAAUUCCCUUGGAUAGCACCUUAUAUCUAGUAAAAUGCUUUAUCAUGAGUCCAAUGGGUUGCUGUUGCUGAUCACCAGGGAGGGAUGCCAUUUAAUUUUGCUGUUUUUGCUGGGAGGUUCAAUGCUGACUGUAUGCAUAGCUGCUUGGUUCUUCAUAAUGAGUUGCAACUUGCAAGGCAGUAUAGCUCAUCACAUUCUGAACUGGAUUUCACACUGAAUUAAGUUCAUCCAAACAUGGGCCAUAUGUUCUUUGUAAUUGUAGCCGGUGCAAUUGCUGUGCUACUAUUCAGCUUGGUGCCAGAAAUGUUCUUUUUGUGAAGUAAAUACCAUUAUCACUUUCCCCAAGUGGUGAUUAUGAACCUUGAAUAUAUGCAUGUACCUCACUUCCCCAGGUGGUGAUUUCGUACAUUGCUUAUACGCCCAUGCAGAUGCAGAGGGAGCUGAAAGCCUGAUGCAAUUCGAAGUUUGCAUGAAUUCAAAGGUGCUCUGUUUUAAGAGUGAUACUGCAUAACAUACUGUGUAGGAGCCCUACAAACAAGAGAUUACGAGGAGAUUCCAUGUGCAUUUGAUGCUUGCCUGGUACAACUGUAUAGCUGGAAUCUUUGCAUGAUAUGAGAGAUGCUUUGCAUUGGUAAAUGUUUUUGCACCACCUGCUGAUGGAGGAGCCCCACCAGAAUAGAUUUGUGAAGGUGUUGCUUGGUUGCAGGGAUGCUGUGCCAAUAAUGGUUUUGCACCACAUACUGAGCGACCCUGCUAAUAACGAAUUGAGGUGAUAUUUAUUCAAGGAAUGUUUACCAAGUAUCACAAUCGAAUUCCAUGGACAGAAAAAUUGAAUUUGGAUGAACAUUAAUUUCUUGGCUACAUAUGACAGUGGAUGUGCUGGAUGUGGAUUAUUAUUUUCUUGGCUACAAGACAUUGUGGAUGUGAAAGCGCAUAUCAGAUAUCAUGGGAAUAGGACAAGAAUGUCGGGUGGCAGAUUUCUGAUGCUGGGAUUUAUCAGGAUUGCUAGCGUAAGGUGUUGCUUUUUCACUCUACUCUGCUUGGUUUCGAUGCUUAGUUUAAUGUUGUAAGGUAGUUACCAGUUGUAAAUGACUGUCUAUCGUUUUCUCAUGUUAAAUGAUUUUACUGUGAGAGCCCUAACCCUACGUGCUCUGUUUUUUGAUAUGGCUGUCAAGCAGCGAUAUGUCCAUCAGUCCAUGUUCCGGCUCAA